AUGGAGUUGAUGUUCUUUACCUGUAAACUCAUAUCAAUUUUCCUAAGUCUUUCCCUUGCUUUAUUCUCAUCAAUAACCUCGGCUAGCUUUCUUGAUUGCAUCUCUCGUCAAAUUUCACAAAAUUUCACAUUAUCCGACAUUCUUUUGACCCCUAAUGACACUUCAUACUCCAUUGUUCUUGAUUCUACCCUCCAGAACCUUAGGUUUUCCACCCCAACAUCCCCAAAACCGUUUGCAAUAAUCACACCCUCUUCAUAUUCCCAUGUCCAAUCCACAGUCAUCUGCUGCGUGGAUUAUGGACUCCAAAUCCGAAUCCGAAGUGGGGGUCACGACUACGAAGGCCUUUCCUACACCUCGCAUGAUCAGACCCCUUUCAUCCUUCUCGAUAUGAACAAACUCCGGUCAGUCACUGUUAAUUUGGAUGAUAACACUGCGUGGGUUGAAUCUGGUGCGACUCUUGGCGAACUAUCUUAUUGGGUGUCUCAAAAAAGUAAUCUUCUUGGAUUCCCAUCUGGGGAGUGCACCUCUGUGGGCGUUGGCGGGCAAAUAAGUGGCGGAGGAUUCGGCACCAUGGCAAGAAAAUAUGGGUUGUCUGCUGAUAAUGUAAUAGAUGCGCGUAUUGUGGAUGUGAAUGGGCGGAUCCUGGAUAGAGAUUCAAUGGGAGAAGAUUUGUUUUGGGCUAUUAGAGGUGGUGGGGGAGCUAGUUUUGGUGUUGUAUUAUCUUGGAAGAUCAAACUUGUUUAUGUUCCACCGGUAGUUACAGUUUUCACUCUUUCUAAAGUACUAGACGAAGGUGCUACUCGUGUUGUUAACAAAUGGCAGUAUAUUGCGCACAAUAUCACUGAAGAUUUGUUCAUUAACCUUGUAGUACGUCCGGUUCCUGUGCCCGAUCAAGAAGGAAAUACAACAAUGCAAGUAACAUUCAACUCGCUAUUUCUGGGAACGGCUGAUGAGCUCAUGGCAAUAGUAAAUGAAACAUUUCCUGAACUUGGAUUACAGGAAACGGAUUGCAUUGAGAUGAGUUGGAUAGAAUCGGUAGUUUACUUUUCUGUUUAUCUAAGAGGUGAAAGCAUCCAUGCUCUCAUAGAAAGGAGACCGUGGCCUAAAAGUUAUAACAAGUUCAAGUCAGACUAUGUGCAGAAACCCAUCUCAGAAGACGCACUUGAAGAGAUUUGGAAAUGGUGUUUGGAAGAGAAUCUGAUUCUAGCGAUAGAGCCACAUGGCGGAAGGAUGAGCCAGAUAGAAGAAACCGAGACGCCAUACCCGCAUAGGAAAGGGAAUUUGUACAUCAUACAAUACGUCAUGCAAUGGACAGAUGCAGGGUUCAAUGAAUCUGAAAAUCGUGUUGCUUCGAUAAGGAAAGUAUAUGAGAACAUGAAACCAUUGGUGUCCAAGAACCCAAGGGAAGCUUACGUGAACUUUAGGGACUUGGAUCUUGGUUCAAAUGGUUAUGGAUGUGGUACAAGUUAUUUGCAAGCAUUUAAAUGGGGAAGAAAGUAUUUUAAGGGAAAUUUCAGGAGGUUGUCAAUGGUGAAAGGUGAAGUUGAUCCAACUAAUUUCUUCUGUAAUGAACAAAGCAUCCCACCUCUCGUCUUAGUUCAUUCAUCAUCUUAG